GCUUCAUAGUUCAUACUUUGUAACUGUUUGUACUUUAUUGCUCCUUGUUGUUGUUGGCGUUUUUUUCAAGAAAGAUUACUCAUAGUUGCUCAUUUCUUACGGAACACAUCAGACAUCUGAUGAAUACGCACAGGUUCUUCGAACAGAAUGUAUCUUUACGAGAAUCCUGAACGAUCAGUGUACGCCUGGAACGCAGUGGAUGUGGAGAUUGACGGUCAGCUGCAGCACGGCUACGUGGUCGGCCUGAAGGAGGAGGACAGCACUCCUCCGCGUUUGAUCGUCGAUUUCGGGUGCCCGCAACAGCAGGCCGUGCUGGUUCCCUACGGGAAGAUCUUUGACUGCUCAAACGAUCGCUACUGUCACGCUGGCAAGGGAACGGCUGUGGAGGUUCUUCUGCACGACGGCCCACAGCGACCCUGGAGAUGGUUUCCCGGGACGAUGCUGGUUCCAGACUUCCAACACCUGUACCAAGUAGUGCUGGUGGAGGUGGCACUGGCUGGGCAGAGUCGUCGCGAACUCGUUCCCCGUCAGCAGAUUCGCGAUGCUCCCGGAGAAGCCGCCCAGCGAACGCCUCUGACAGCGGACCAGUUCGUCAUACGGACCUGUCGAGUGCCCAGCGGGUACUGGAUUAUGGACCGCAGUCGGGCGGCAUGGUUGCUGCGUCACCUUGAGAAGACGCUGAAACUGCGACUUGUCACGAUUCUUAGCCAAAAGAUGCACUCUGUGCGACGGCGCCCCGACCCGUCUUUGUGGAGGGGCCAUGAGUUUGACGAGCAUCCCGCGGAUGUUUUCGAGAGUGAUUGGAGCAAAGAGGCUCUUGACAGCAAAUUCCAUAAGGUGACCGAAGACCCCGAUGCUUCACCGAAACGGAAAAGACCCUUGACGUUCGGGGAGCGUAAAUUGGCGGUGCCACUGGAACUGCUGAAGGAAGUCUUCCACUCGCUGGACACCGUCGACCGCCUGCGCUGUCGCCGCACCUGUCAGCUAUGGGAAGCCAUUCUCACCUCGGCGGAGCUGUGCCAGGUUCUGCUUGUAUCCCGGCAGCAGUUCUUCCCUUCUUUGAAAGUGGGUGGGAAUGGCAAUUACGUCAUGUACAGCUGCAUCUUCAAGCAGAUCACGCCGGCCACCCGUACUAUCUGCAUCCGGGAAACCGUGGCAUUCCAUCUUAGCCGCUGGAACAUGCAGAAAGAGACCGCGGAAGCGCUGGCGCUAAUUAAAACGACCUUAGACGACGCCGACAUCCGCAUCGUCCGCUUGAUUCUGUACCGGCGCUCGAUACGGCUGAACGAGUCCACCUUUGACCGAUGGGCAUGGACCUCGCCCCUGGGCCUGCUGUCCAGCGAGACUGCCGCGCUGCAGUCCCAUUUGGGGGCGCGUUGUGAGCGUUUGGUUUUGAAAGAUUAUCUCCUCACCGUGGCCAGUAAGAAGAGUGUGGUCUUGAUGGAGUCGCGCAUUCCGCUGGCCGUCUUCGUCCAGGGACAGGCCGGUGCGGCGCACAUUGUGGAUCUGUGGGAGCAGAAUCUGCACUGCCAGGGGCGGCCGUUGAAUCUACAACAUAUCACCGACGGCCUGGCCAAUCUGAUCACCAGCCGAGAGAAGGCCAAGAAAGUGAUGAAGAUUCUCCGCGACUACCAAGCCAACGAUCCGCGUCCAUCAGCACAGUAUCGCGGACGCCGAUGGUGUGUGUACAACGUGGCCACCGUGGAUGUGGCCAAGCUGAAUCGCUUCUGCCUCUAAAGCUAGAUCCAGAAUAGAUCCAGGAACAGAGACAGAAACAGAAUCUAUCCUGCGGAGUGAGCUAUGCAGUAUGGGUAGCGAACUACGCGGAAACACGAAACGUCGCACUGCUAAUAGCUGACUUUUAAUAUCGAAAGUCUGGAGAACAGAAAAUCAAUCAACUGAUCGGCGCAGCUCGAUCGUAAAACGUAGAGCCAAUUCAACAGCGUGCAGCGCUGUGCAGCACGUGCCAUGCCGCGCCCACUAUCAGAACGCAAGCCAAUCACAAGAGACACA